AUGGCCCUGCUGGGUUCCCCCUGGGUCCGGGGGGUGACGGAGGGUCCGCGUGGUGCUUCUUGCCGGGUCGUGUCCCUGCAGGGCUCACUGGUUUUCCUGGUGAGCGGGCUGGCAGUGCUGGGCUACGCGGCAGCCCUCAGUGCCCAGCCCACAUACCAGGGGGUCGUCCGGGCAGUGUGUGGGGCAGCAGCGGGGAAGCUCUGUGAGGUCUGCUUCCUCUUCAACCUCUUCAUGAUCUCCGUGGCCCUCCUCAGGGUGGUGGGCGACCAGCUGGAGAAACUGUGUGACUCCUUGUACCCCAACGGGACGCUGAGCGGGGCCCCCCCGCCGCCCCCCUGGUACGCGGACCAGCGCUUCACCCUCUCGGCUCUCUGCAUCCUCGUCAUCUUCCCACUCUCCGUCCCCAGGGAGAUCGGCUUCCAGAAGUACUCCAGCAUCCUGGGCACGCUGGCCGCCUGCUACCUCACCCUGGUCAUCGUCCUGAAAUACCACCUGCAGGCAGAGAGCCUGGGCUUGCCUGAGCUCCCCCAGCCCUCCAGGGCCUCCUCCUGGGCCUCUGUCUUCAGCGUCAUCCCCACCAUCUGCUUUGGCUUCCAGUGCCAUGAGGCCUGCGUGGCCAUCUACAGCAGCAUGCGCAACCAGAGCUUCUGCCACUGGGUCACCGUCUCCGUGCUCUCCAUGCUCAUCUGCCUGCUCAUCUACUCCCUCACUGGGCUCUAUGGCUACCUGACCUUCGGCGAGGCCGUGACAUCUGACGUCCUGAUGUCCUACCCAGGGAACGACCCAGUUGUCAUCGUCGCCCGCCUGCUUUUUGGCGUCUCCAUUGUCACCAUCUACCCCAUCGUGGUGCUGCUGGGCAGAUCGGUGGUGCGGGACAUGUGGGUGACCCCCAAGCGUGGGGCCACGGCAGUGUCCGAGGUGCACGAGCGGCGGAGCCGGGUGGCACUGACGGUCGCCUGGAUGGCCGCCACACUCGCCAUCGCUCUGUUUGUGCCAGACAUCGGCAAGGUCAUUGAGCUCAUCGGGGGCAUCAGCGCCUUCUUCAUAUUCAUCUUCCCAGGGCUGUGCCUGGUGUGCAUGACCGGGACCUGCACCCUUGGGCCACGCAAAAAUGGGCACAGGGGACAAGCCAGAGGGGCUGCUGGGGUCUUCGGCCAUCCGCCGGGAGUGAUGCAGAGGAUCAUGGCCAAGGAGGCUGAGACCCUGCAGACAUCCCCACACCUGGGGGUCCGGGCACCAGGGGGUGGCAUGUUACUGGGGGUCGGCUCUGUCCCACUAGUCCCCUGCUCAUGUCCCCUCAGGGCUGCUCUCAUCUCCUGGGGCGUCCUCUCUGUGCUCGGCGGCGCCUUCGUCUGCGGGCAGAGCGCUGCGCUGGCUGUGCUGGGGCUGCUGCGCUGA